UUUAUUUGUAAAUAAAUAAUGUAAUAUGUAAUCACUGUAUAUAAAGGGAAGUUAUUUCACUAACAUUGCAUCCCUGUUUGGAUCAAUACUACAAUCCCACCCCUCUUCAUCACCAAAGGCACCACCCAUUGGUAAACAGUGUAUGACUCACUAUAUAUAUUUAUACAUGCAUAAGUGUUUUUUUUUCAUAAGUUGUAUGUGUUUAUUUUGCAUUGAAUUUUAUAAUGAGUGAAAUUAGCGUUAAAUUAUAAAACAUUUUAUAAAGUAACUAUGUAAAUAAUGAAGGAGCCACAUUAUAAGCCACCAUGAUCUGAUCAAAAUUAAAUACUUAACUAUGUCUUCCAAAAUGUAUAUGUGAUAUUAGUAAUUAUUAUAAUACGUUUAGUCUUCCAUUUAUUAAUUUAAUUAAUAUUAAUCAAGUCUUCCAAAUAUUAAAAUUAUGAUAAGAUUUAACUUAAGAUUUAAUAUAUUUUAAUUACAUUUAUUUAUACUAAAUUUAUAAUAUUAAAAUGUCCAACCCAAAUAAUGUUGAACAGCAAUGUUUUAAACGGGUAUGGAAAAAAACUCUUAAAUCUGUGUUUAAAAAUCCUACAAAUGCUAUGAUAAUGGCUGAAACAAAAUCUAUUCAACAAGUAAAUGUUAAUCUCAAGAAAAAAAAGGCUAGACGACGGAGGAAAAAAAAAAAUAAACAGAAAAUUUGUGAUUGUUGUAUGGAUAGAACACAUAAUAUAAAUGGCCCGGUAUCAACUUUGAAUGCAAACGAUUUAUUGUAUCUUCAUCAUGUGCCUUGGGGCUGUCUGAACACGGUUUGCAUUAAUGGAAUGCAAUUUGCUAAUAUUAAUAGCUUAAAAUCAUUUUUAAGUGUUAGGGAUUCUCAUCAAUUUGCUGAUGAACAGUUAAAAAAGAAUGCAAGACUAAGAGAUGCUUUUGGUAUAUCAGAAUUUUUUAUUGAAGGCUCUAGCUUAGAUCCAGAACGAAAAAUAAAAGAAGCGGCUCUGGCCCAGUUAAAGGCGUUGCAGGUGGAUCAAGCACUUGAACAAACACAAAUGAAUGAAGACACCUCAACAAAUAAAGACAGCAGUAUUGCAAACGAACUACAGUUUAAAAGUCCUAAGCAUAAAAAACGAAAGAAGAAGAAGUCAAAAUCUCAUAAAAGUGACAAAGAAAAGGGAAGUGAAAAGAAAAAAUCAAAAAAACAUAAAAAGAAACAUAACUCUUCAUCCGAAGAUAGUCCAAGAAUUGAUGAAGUAAAAGGCAACAAGAAUUUGUCUCAAGUUAAAUCUAAGUAUGACAAUGAUGAUAAAACUAAUAAGAUAACCGAAACUAAAAAAAAAUUUGAGUUUGAAAAUAGCCAUAAAAAAUAUACAAGAGACAAUGAUAAGGUAAUAGAAUUCAAGUAUAAAAGUGAUUGGGAGGAUUUCCGUAAAAAAGAUUCUAAACUAGAAGAUACUAAAAACUUGAAAAAAGAUAAAAUUACUGAAGAACUCAGCAAACCAAAGUCUAAAGACACUACUAAUGAUUCUAAAAAACAAGAAAAUUCUCCUAGACAUAAAACACCAAUAAAAGAACGUGAUCGGGAUAGAGAGAGAGAUUAUGAUAAAUACUCAUAUAGGCAACAGCGAAAUCGUGAUGACAUUAAAUCAAAUAAAGAAAAAUCUGAUAAAAAAUCUGAUAGAGCAGACUCAAAAUACAGUUCUAAGAAAAGGAAUUCAAGAACUCCUAUUAAAGAAUUGAAGAAAAAACCAAUUCAACCUGAGAAAUUAACUUGCAUUUCAGCUGAUAGUGAUAGUGACAAGUCAUGUUAUACACCUCCUCCCAAAAGUUUGAAUGCUAAAUUGAGUCAAUCAAAAAAUAAUGAAGAAAAAAAUUUAAAGAGUACUAAAUAUACAUUUUCAUUGCGUGAGGAUAGUGAAGAACGUUUAGUUGUAACCAAACCUAAUGGAAGUAAUAACAACUUAAAAUCAGCAUUACCAAAUAGUGAAAAUCAACAUAAGAAACUUGAAACUCGAAAAACGAAUGAUCGUUCAGAUCAAGUAUUUUUAGAUUCUAGUUCAAGCGAAAAUGGUGGGUUAGAAGAAGAUAUUGAUUUAAAUAUUAUUAAAGAAAUAACUACUGAGAAAAUAAAAAAAGUAUUUGAGUUACACGAAAAACAAGAGCAAGCACUGCUUCUUCUAAAAAAAAAACUAAUGGAGAAAAAACGUAAAGUUAGAACUUCUUCUAGUUCAAGUGAGAGCUCGGAUGAAGAACCUGUCAAAAAGAAAAGUGUUAAACGGAAACGUGUUAAACGUUCGUCAUCUAGUAACAGUGAUGUGAAUACUAGAAAAAAGUCCAAGCGUUCACGCUCUAGUAGCAGCAGUAGCAGUGCAAGUGACACAAGUGCUGAUCAUCAUAAAUCAUUAAAACGAUCUAAAGAUAAAUAUUCAAAGAAAAAGUCAUCACGUCGUCGUGCUAAAGAAGAUAGUACAUCUCGAUCUCGAUCUCGAUCGGUUUCAAUUAGCUCAAAUGAACAGUUACAUAAGAAACGAGUUUCUUCAAGUGAAGAAUCAAGUCCUAGGCGUAAGCACAAAUCAUCCAAACGCAAACGUUCAUCUCGGAGACAAAGGAGCAGUGAUAGUAGUUGCAGCAGUAGAUCAUCACCAUGUUAUAAAAAUAAAAGACGUUAUAGUACAAGCCGUUCACGUUCGACUAGUAUUUCAUCAAGCAGUCAUUACUCUCGCAGUUCUAGUUCAAGCCAGGACUCAAGCAGUUCUGGGUCUAGUCGUAGUUCAAAGUCUCGAUCUGCAUCUAUACCUAGGCGACGGGGGUCGCCUAGUUUUUUGGAUCGAAGACGAAUUACAAGACUGGAACACAGUGCGAGAAAAAGACCCAUCCCAUACACAAGACUAACGCCGUUUUCCACCAAUUCUGAUACGGAUAGUGUCAUCAGCGUGCACGACUCACCAAUUGCUGAGAGCCACUAACUCGGAAUUUUUUCUUUGUAAACUAACACAAUUUGUUAUAGUGCAAUAACUAUUAGGCUAACGUUAAAUGGUUAAGCUAUCUAACUCUAGUCAAAUAUUUGUGGAGUGUAAAAUAAUCACAUUUCAUAAUUUUAUUAUUUCAACCUUCCUAGUAAACAUGUGAUUUUAUUUCUAACAUUCCACGUAGAGAUUAAAACUUACAAAAUCUAGUCAAAAGUCUAAGUCAUUCCUUUACGCCUUGUAAAUGUUUUAAAAUCUUUGUGAUAUAUUAUUUUUGACGGGAAUAAUACAAUAUUUUUCAUGUUACCAAUAAUAUGUUAUUCUA